GUAGUCAGUCUUCGUAGUGCUACCUGAAAAUGUUGAUUUAUGUACACUAAAAUUGUUCCUAAAAAAUUAAUUAGAGAUUUACGUAGGUACGAUGAUGUACCUAACCGUCCAUGGGAUAGGUGAAGGUGUUGGGUAUAACGUUAUUAACUAUUUCCUAAAUUAAAUAGGACUAAUGCGGGUGAGGCAGAGGUAUCUACAUCUAUUGUUUUUGUGGUUGUUUUUUCUUGUGAAAUUUCCUCAUUGAAAUUGGAAUAGUGCAAUGUGGCGAUGGCGAAAAUUGGGUAGAGUAGCCGUAGUAGCGCAUGUUAACCCUUGUGCAUCAAUCACAUUCAACAGAGCUGAAGCUGAACCAACCGCCAUCAACUGUUUAGUACUCCAAUUCGCAGUAGUGUAGUGUAAUUCCGUCUGCGUGUUGAGGAAGCGCAUCGUUAUAUCCAUAGCCAUACUCUCGACUCUCGAGCAUUACACUUUCGUUUUUUACGUUACGACGAGGUAAUUUUCAAUUCCAACGUUUUCUUUUCUACCUAAAUACCUACGUGUUUCUGCUUACUCUUUUAUUAAGUAUAAAUCGCUAUCGCUCGUCUGUGUGUGAGUGUGGUUUUUUUCUAAAUUUUUCAUCAGGUGAGACGCUAUUCUAGGAGCUAGGAGCUAGUUGCGCUCAAACUGUCCUCCACCUCCAUCAUGGUUUUCAUCGUCAAAAUGAGUCUAUUGGUAUGGAACAUUUGGACUGGCGGUGUGGUCGCUACCAUGGCUGUACAUAGCACUAGUAGCGGAACCGGCAGUGGCAGCAGUAGCGAGGGCAGCGGAAGCGCGACCAACGCUAUGAAUUGGAAAUGCCCGAUGGAAUGCGUCUGCCUUUCUCAUUCGCAGGCUCUGUGCAACAACGGCGACCUGAACAGCAUCAUUUACCGACUGCCGUGGUCGGUGGAGCAUUUGUCGUUGACCAAGAGCCACAUCGCGUACGUAAAGAGCCAGUCUUUCGCCGAGCUGAAGCAGCUGAGCAAGCUGUCGCUGGACGGCAACAACAUCACGCGCAUACAGCAGUUCGCCUUCAAAGGGCUGCGUAAGCUGCAGGAACUCUCCAUACAGCAUACGUCGCUGGACAAGCUGGAGAAGUUCGUGUUCAGCGGGCUGCAGAACGUGACGGCCAUUCUGCUGGCGCACAACAAGAUCGCCUCCAUCCAAGAGUACGCGUUCGCCGGCACGUCGCACGUACGACUGGUGCUGCUGGCGCACAAUCCGCUGCACGUGGUCGAGUCGAACGCGUUUUCGGGGCUGCGCAACGUCGAGCACCUGAUACUGCCGUCCGGCAUCCGGGUCAUCGAGCCGGACGCGUUUCGCGGACUCGACUCGGUCGGCCUGGUCAAGCUCGCCUUCAUGGACCUGCUCGAGUUGGAGGCGUUCGCGUUUCGCGGCCUCAACCACGUGCACGUGCUGGCCGUGCAGCAGUCCGACCUGGGCACGAUACGGGCGCGCGCCUUCCAAGGCCUCACCAACGUCGGCACCCUCAACCUCAUCAACAACAAGAUCGACUACGUCGAAGAGCUGGCCAUCCGGCGCGAGAAUCGCGUCAAAAUCGUACGCCUGGUCGGCAACCACGUGCUCAGGCUGCCCGCCUCGGCCGACGCCAUCCGCGUGCACGCGUCCGACAAUUUCACCGUCGUCGGCAACCAUUUCCCGUGCGACUGCGCCAGCCGGCCAUUCCUCUUCGACAGCGUGCUGGCCGACCGCACCAGCUACAACUUUUCCCUCAAAAACUACUGCAUCUCGCCGCUCAAGCUCAACGGCAAGUCCAUCAACGAGAUGAGACACCAGCGCCACUUGGCCGCCUGCCCCGGCGGCGGUGCCGGCGCGAACGCCGCCUCCGAUCACGCUCAUUCCGGCCGUUCCGGCUCCGGCUCCGGCUUCGGCUCCGGCGACGCCGACUCGGAUUCGUGGAAUUUGGCUGCCGAGUCGCCCGUUCGACAGCAUUUCGCCGUCAUCACGCGUUUCCUCUACUACGCUUGGUUUUUCUCCUUUCAUCGCGCUUGGGCCAGCGCCGCGCUUCGUUUUUGAAUUUUUCACCUUCUCCUCACUUCCUCCUCCUCCUCCUCCUCCUCUCCUUACCUUUUCCUCUGUCUCCUCCGGUUCGGCAUUCUUCUUCUUCUUCGACCCUUCUUUCUUAUCCUCCUCCUCCUCAUCAUCAUCAUUCGACUCUUCCUACUUCGUCUUAUCGUAAUCGGUGUUCUCGUUCAUGUUUGUCCUGUUGUUAUUAACCGUAACGUUGUUGUAAAUUGUAAUAAAUUUUUUUCAAAUAACUA